AUGUACAAGGAACUGUCCGUUUCGAGCUCUAUCCCUGAGAAGUGUCUUCGCAAUGCAGUCAAGACUGGCAACCUAUCGCUGACUAAGGCUGAUCUAGCCGGCUCUGGCGCGACGCUGCAUCUGCAUCCUGAAUCCUAUGACAAGGUCAUGCGCGCUAAGAAGGCCGACAACGGCUCUCGCGUCAAGAUCACCAAGCACGAGAUCGAAUACCCCAUGGAGGUAAAUGGUGGUAGUAUGCAAGCUGGAAGCAUUUGGAGCAAGAUGUGGAACGGCUUGAAGAGCGCCUGGAAG